CUGGGCCAAAGGCAGGCGCCAAACCGCUUAGCCACCCAGGGAUCCCCCUGUUUUUUAAAGAUUUUAUGUAUUCAUGAGACACAGAGACCCAGGCAGAGGGAGAAGCAGGCCCCCUGCGGGGAGCCCGACAUGGGACUCGAUCCCAGGACCCUGGGGUCACGGCCUGAGCUGAAGGCGGACGCUCCACCGCUGAGCACCCGCCCCCACGGAAGCAGGAUGAGCAGGGCAGAGCUGGAGGAGAGGCUCUGAGAGCCACACACCCCCAACCUGCACAAGGGCCACGAGGGAACCGCGGCUGGCUGGGCUCCGUAGUGGCUGCACGUCCGGUUUCUGGGGCCACCCUGAGUUUCCUCCUGCUGUCAGGCUUGUCAAGACCACGGCCUUCCUCUUUCCUGGGCCAAGGCUGGGCCGCUUUCCCCUGAUCAGCGGCGGUUCAGUCAAGGCCUUCCCUGCCUCCUUGCAGUGCCCUGCAGCCUCUGAAAUCUGCAGCCUCUGAAAUCGGAGGGCUGGGUCUCUUCCUCCCUGCAAGGCCCUCACCUGUUAGAGACCCUGAAGCGGACAGGCCUGCCCGCCUAGUUGGCACACCCUCCCCGCCCUCCCCAGGGCCAGCCUGUCAUACUGAUGGUUCUAAACAAGUGCUCUUCUGAACCGCAGGUGACCUGUUCUGCCUUAUGUGACUAAGGCAUCUGGCCGAUGAGCAGGCUGGCGAGGCCGCCGAGUGAGGCGGAGGUGCAGCCCUGGGAAACUGAGGACGACCUGGCAGACGGCGAUUUAGGGUAUGGCCUCGGGAGGAGGCCUGGCGCGGUUUUCCAAGUGCAAGUUUCCCAAUUGUCGACAUCUAGAAAAAGAUCUGAUGGAAAGAACUUUAGCCCUCUCCUACUUCCAGGAAAGGGGGAAGAAAGAAGGGCCAGUUUUCAGUCUUCCAGCCAUAAGAGCUUGCAGGAUACUUGCCCUAAAGAAUCCGGGCCUUCCCACUACGGACGCCAGAGUAGCAGUGAUUCAAAUUCAGAAUUGUCAAACGCCGAAUUAAAGCAACGUCUUCAUGAUACUUUAGAGGAGGUAGAAAUUUUAAAAACUGAACUUGAGGCAUCGCAAAGACAGCUUGAAGGUAAAGAGGAAGCACUGAAAAUUCUUCAGAGCAUGGCAAUAUUUGGCAAAGCCACAAGUCACACUCAAGUGGUGCUUCAAAAAACUAUGGAACAAAAGAGAUCCUUGGAGAAGGAAGUAAAUGCCUUGCAGUGGGAAAUAGAAUUUGAUCAGAAUAGAUUGAAAAGUAUAGAGGAAUCAUGGAUCCAAAAAUAUGACAGGCUAAACUGUGAAAAUGCAGUCCUCCAAGAAGCUUUGAACAUGAAAACAGAAGAAAUUAAAAUGCUCAAGUCAGAAAAUGCACUUUUAAAUCAACAGUAUUUGGAGGCCCUUGCCAUGAUUGAGGUCAAACAACAGAUGGUGGCUCAGGAAAACAUAUGCCAUGAUAAAAGUGGUUUUACCGAGGUUUCAAGUCUUGAGCUCGCUGUGCUGGGAUCCUGCCUCUGCCAUGGUCUCGGAGGGAGUCCCUGUGCCUGUGCCCAAAUGGCGGCAUCUGCUCAGAAAAUGCUUCUUAAACUCAAACAGGAGUUGGGACUUUUACAGAAGAGUAAAGACGAAGCUUACAUAAUGGCAGAUGCAUUCAGAAUUGCAUUUGAGCAACAAUUAAUGAGGAAAAAUGACCAGGCACUAAGAUUGACACAAAUGGAUAAAAUGUGUAAAAAACCAACAAAAUGGAUAAAUUGGAAGCACCUUAAAGAGGAUGGAUUAUCAUCACAAGGAAGUAAGAAGACCUUAGGGCAGAAACUGUUGGGGAUGCUCCCUUCAGAAAACAGUUCUAAGAAGGUGGAUGACCAGAAUAACCCUGAGGAAGUCUUUAAGAUGCUAAUAGAGUUGUUGAAUGAUAAAGAAGAAGCUCUGGCUCAUCAAAGAAAAGUUAGUUACAUGCUUGCUCGGGCACUGGAAGAGAAAAACACCACCUCAAAUGUGAAUAAGGAAAAAAAUCCCAUGAAAGACAAUUUUGCAUUAAAGUCCUGGGGGAAAUCUUCAGAAUUCACUGUACUGCAUGAUCCUGUAUAUUCAAGCGUUCAAAUUUUAAAUUCCAUGGGCUGCAUUUGUUCAAUCCAGCACCCUCACAGAGUUCAAAACUGCACAAGAACUCUCAAGAGAUCCUGUUCUUUGCCAUCAAAUAUCAUAUUUUGAAGAUAAACCAGUUGAAAUCAGAACCAAGAGCUAUUUCUAUCGAAAGACUUUAAAAAAAGGACUGUACAAAUGUUGCAGUAUCUUCAGAAAUUUUGUAUUUUCUGGGUAUUUUUAAGUUUUAGAAGGCAGCUUAAUACUUAGAUACUCAUUUUUUACAAGAAACUUAGUAACGUGUUGACGUAUUUUAUAAAUUACAUUAUUAUACUUUAGGAAAUUUUCAGUGUUUGCCAACAUCUUAAAAACAACAAAAAUGAUUUUUAAGAAAAAGUUAUUUAACUUUAGAUUAACUUAAAGGGAUCUCUGUCAUAAGCAACAAUAUAAAUUAAUGCUCUGCGAAAUAACAAUGCCUAGGAGUGACUUAAUUUUUGAAAUAUGUAUGUGUAUCUUGUUUUAUUGUAUUUUUCAGGAUUGUUCAUUUGUCACAGGAAGUUUAAAACUAAUAAUUUCCUUAAUUUCAAUAAAGUUAUUAUGGUGGGACUUUGGCAGAACUAUAUUGCAAGCCCCAUUAGUUACCUCUAUAACUUCUUUUUUUGUUGGUGCAGUGGCACUUUGUAGCUAGAACUACACAGAAUUCUAGCACUCGCACCAUUAUGAAUUAACUUCUUGUUGUAAUGCUAAAUUUUAAGCCAUUUAAUUUUUUCUUGUUUUCUAUAAAUGUUACAUAGUAAAGAUCUUUAAUACCUUCUGGGGGGAUCCCUGGAUCCCUGGGUGGCGCAGCGGUUUAGCGCCUGCCUUUGACCCAGGGCGCGAUCCUGGAGACCCGGGAUCGAACCCCACGUCAGGCUCCCUGCAUGGAGCCUGCUUCUCCCUCUGCCUGUGUCUCUGCCUCUCUCUCUCUGUGACUAUCAUGAAUAAAUAAAUAAAAUAUUUGGGAAAAAAAAAAACCUUCUGGGAAUGCUGCUACAUUAAUAACAUCACUGUCAUGUCAAAGGAAAUGGAUUACAUUAUCAGAAACUUUUAUCUAGUUAGGAUCUCUAGUAAAAAGAUGCACGGCUUGGCUGUGUUGAAUAUUACUUAAGUAGAUGAGGUAACAACAGGGCAAAAUGAGGGAAUAGAAAAUAUAAACUGUUUAUAGUUGUGUUAAAGCAACACCACUGGCAUUAAUAAAUACUAAUAAAAAAUGAAAACCUGGCAAGUAAAUUUUGAAAAAAGAAGUAAUGAUGAGGAACUACUGUUACUAGAUGUUAAGAAUGCACUGUCUUGACAGUAAUAUACAGCUACAUUAUUUAGAACAAUGUGGUAACCAGCGGGUCAAUGGAAUAGGAUAAAGACCACACACAGAUUUAAUACAUAUGACAACUUAAUGUGAAAUAAUAGGUAAGAAAAGGGAAAGAUUUGGCAAUGUUCCACAAUAGGAAGUGUAAUAAAAAAGAAAUCAAAUAGGGCUGCCCAGGUGGCUCAGCGGUUUAGCGCCUCCCUGCAGCCCAGGGCGUGAUCCUGGAGACCCAGGAUCCUGUCCCAUUAUCAGGCUCCCUGCAUGGAGCCUGCUUCUCCCUCUGCCUGUGUCUGUGCCUCUCUCUCUCUCUCUGUCUCUCAUGAAUAAAUAAAUAAAAUCUUUAAGGAAAAAAAAGGUUCUUUUUUAAUGUGUGUGUAUAAUAUGUACAUGUAUAAUGCAAAUUCAUAUAAACUGAUAAAAUUUGGAACACUCCAAAAGAAUCUAAGUCAACAUGUUCACAAGUUAGGUUAUAAAUGGUUUAGCAAAUGUGAGGAACUAUUCAAUCAUACAGAAAUUUCAAAAAUGUAAAUUAGAAUGAGAUACCAAAUUAGCAAAGAUCACAAAAUAUGUGAAUGACAGAGAUGAUGGGGUGAAACGGAUCCUUUCACAGACUGGUGAUGGCUGUGUGUAUCUUGGGGGAUAUAUACUCAGAAGUGAAAUUGCCAGAUCAUAUGAAGAUGCUCUUUAAAAAUUUAAGGAAAGGCUGCAGUUUUCCAAAGCAAUGACACUUUUACAUUCCAACCAAUUGUGCACAACGAUCCCAAUUUCUCCGCAUCCUAACCAACACUUGGUAUUUUCUGCAAUUUUUUUUUUUUUUUGAUAGUAGUGAUCCUAACAGGUAUGAAGUGGUAUCUCAUUGUGGUUUUGACUUGCAUUUCCCUAAUGACUGGUGAAAUGGUUACUCUAAAGUCCUUUGCCCAUUUUUUUACUAUAAUUUUUUUUAUUGUUGAGCUAUCUUUUAUCAGAUCUAUGAUUUGCAAAUAAUUUCUCCUGUUGUUUUCACCCUGUGCUUAUCACACUCCUUUGAUACAUACAAGUUUUAAAUCUUGGUGUCUAUUUUGUCUUUUUAAUGAAAGCAAGUUCGUUAAGUUUCUCUCUUGGUAGCAGACAAGGAAACCAAACAGAUUCUAAGCACAGCUGUUGGCUUGUAGAUGGGAGACGCCAUGUGACCAGGCCUGUGGGCUGUCUUAAGAAACUGGGAAAGGCCCCAGGCUGACAGCUAAGAAGGACAGGAAGCAUGUGCAUUAAAAUUACAUGAAAUGAAUGAGUUUGGAAGAAUAUCCUUCCCUAGAAACUCAGAUAAGAGCUCAGUUCAGCUGACACCUUGAUUUUGAGCUAUGCAAAAAAUAGAAUUGGGCCAAGUCAGACAUCUGACUUACACAUCUGUGAGGUAGUAAAUUUAUGUUAUUUCAAGCUGCUACAUUUAUAACUUUUAUGCAGCAAAAGAAAAGUAACAGUCCAUAAAUAAAGCAUGAAUAUGUAGUGUUAUAUAAAUUUAAAAAAAAAAAUAUAUAUAUAUACACUAAAUGGCUGUUAGAUACACUUACAUGUAUUAACAUGGAAGGAAUUUAAAAAGUUUUGAGUAAAAAAGUGUGAGAUAUACAGUCUAUGACUCAUAAAAUCUUAAGACCCCAAACAAUACUGUGUAUUACUACAAGUAUUUUUACAAAAUAGCAGUACAGUAUCAUGGAAGGACACACUCAUUUCCUGAGAGUCACUCUCCCUUCGGGAAGGUGAAAAGGAAAAGAAUGGCAUGACAUGUUAAAGGGACCUCAAUUUCAUUUUUAAUUUUUUCUUUUUUUCCUAUUUAGUAGUAUAUA